AUGAAAACUAGUUGGAUUCAACGUAAUUCUUUAUUAACACUAAAUUGUGAUGUUUUUUUAUCUAAAGAAGAUGGUGAAAAUUAUACAUUAGAAUGGAGAAAAGAUAAUAAAUUAAUAUUUAGUGCAUAUGGAAACGAAGAUUCGGGACAUUCUAUUGAGUCAAUGCAAGGACGUCUGGCACGUGCCUCUAAUUUAUCAUUAACAAUUCAUUCAGUUGAUGAAGCGGACAAGGGCAUAUAUCAAUGUAUAGUUACAAAAUAUAAUUCAAAUAGCCUAAAUGAACGAGUGGAAGGAGAAAAAAUACAUGUUAUUGUUCAUUUUAAACCAAUUAUAUUAUCUCCAAAACCAGGUAUAGAAGAUGAAUUUCAUUUUAUGAAUCUAGGACAACCUUUUUCAUAUGAAUGUAAAAUUCAAUCAUUACCACCAGCUGAAAUAAAUUGGACAAAAGAUGAUCGGAUCAUUGCUUCUACAGCUAAUCUUUCAUUUCCAAUUUUAAAACCUGAACACCAAGGUAUAUAUACAUGUGUGGCUGUAAACGUUGAUGGAACAGAAAAAUCAAAUUUAAGAUUAGCAUUAUCAAGAAUACCAAUAAUAGAUACAAUUUUAGAAAAUAAAACUGUUAUUGAGGGAGAAUCAGUACAUUGGAAUUGUAAAGCUCAAGCUGUACCUAAAAAUAUUACAUAUAAUUGGUUAUUUGAAAAAAUAAAUAUUAAAAAAAAAGAAAUUGGUCUUCGAACAAAAUGGAUUAAUGAUGGUGAAAUUGAAAUUUUUAAUAUUACAAAAAAAGAUAAAGGAAUAUUUACUUGUUUAGUUGAUAAUGGUAUUCAAGAACCUGUUAAAAUGAAUGUAUUUUUAGAUGUUUUGUAUAAACCAUUUUUAUCAAAUAAUAUUAAUGAUGGAAGUAAUAUUAAGACAAUAGUUGAAGGGAAUGAUGAUAAAAUUGAAUGUAAUUUUCUUUCAAAUCCACCAAUACAUCAAGUUAUUUGGAGAAAAAAUGGAAUUGUUAUAUCUAAUAACUCAAAUGAAAUAUUUAAUAUUAAUAAAGCAAAUGAAAAUGAUUCUGGUAUAUAUUCAUGUCAAGGUUUUAAUGAAUUAGGUUUAAGUCAAAUUUAUGAAACUCAUAUAAUAAUUAUUUCUUUACCAAGAUUUACAAAAAUACCACCACCAAAAUUUUCAAUAAAUAAAGGUGAUAAUUUAAUAUUAGAAUGUGAUGGUUUUGCCUCACCACCACCUUUACAAUAUUGGUUAAGAAAUGGUAAAAAAACUUAUUCAUCAAAAAUUGUUAUUGAAAGAGUUGAGUAUGAAGAUUAUGGAAUAUAUGAAUGUAUAUUAUCUAGUCAAGAUUUAAUGGUUAAAAAAACAACAGAAGUAUUUAUAAUGAAUGUUAAACCACAACCAUGUAGUAAUAUUAUAACAGAUUGUCAAUUUUAUCCCAAAACUAUUACAACAAUUAAUUGGACUCCUGGUUUUGAUGGUGGAAGAUCGCAAACAUUUAAAGUCUAUUGGCGUUCUCAAAAAUCAGAUCAUUGGUUUACUAAUCAUUUACCAACAACAAAUUUAACAGCAUCAUUUGAUGAUUUAAAUAAAUUUACAGAAUAUGAAAUUAAAAUAGAAUCACAAAAUAUGUAUGGAAAAGUAAUUAGUCAACCAUUUAAAAUAUAUUCAUGUGGUAUAUUAAUGCCACCAACACAAAUAGAUUUUAUAAAUAAUUUUAAUAUAUUAAAAUGGCAUAAAGUUAAUGAUGCUGAGAAAUAUAAAAUAUCUUAUCGUACAGAAAAAAUGAAAUCAUUUGUAACAUUAUCUGUAAUAUCACAAACAAAUUAUACAUUGCCAGAAUUUUUAAGAAAUCAACAUAAUACACAAAUAUAUAUACAAUCAUUACGUUCACAUUAUCAUGAUUCAGUUCCAUCAACAGUAAUAACAAUUAAUUCAACAACCAUAAAUUGUUCUUUAUUAUUUAUAUUAUUAUUUGGUGGAAUAAUAUUAUUAAUUAUUAUAUUUUUUCUUUUUAUAUAUAAGAGAAAAUGUUAUAGAAUUUUUAAAUAUUUCUCUGAUACAUUUUAUUCAAAUGAUAUACCAAAUAAUAAUAUAAAAAAAUGUAAUGUUAUAGAAAGAAAUUCUUGUGCUUCUAAAAGUUCAUGGAAUUUUCAACAACAACCAUAUGAGUAUAAUGAAGGGAUGGAGAAUGAAAAAAUGAUAAUAAAUAAUACAUUUAGAAGUAAAUAUUUUAAUCAACCUUCAAAUGAAAAUACAUUGUCCUCUAAAAUAAAUCGUGAAUGGUUAUUAUAUCAUAUUAAUACUUUUAAUAAUUGCCCUUCUAAUCAUAGUACCUCAUCUUCAUCUCUUCAAACAAUAUCUCAUCCAUAUCAAAUACCAACUAAAGAAAUAAAUAAAAAUGAAAGAUUUAUUAAAGAAUUUUAUAAUGAGACAAAUUAUAUAACAAAAAAUUUUACAAAUAAUCCAUAUUAUUCAUCAUCAAAAACAGUUUUAACAGAAACUCCUGUUAUAGCAAUGAUGAAAGAUAAAUAUAUACAUUCUGGUGGGACAAUUGAUAGUUUAAAUUAUCUUCAAGAACUUCGUGUUAAACAACUUAAACAUGAAUAUAAUCAAAACAACACAACUACUUUCACAGAAGAAAAUAAAUUUUAG